UUUUUUAUGAUUAUUAUUUGCAUGGCACACAUGCAUGAUGUAAUCACUUUAGUUUGUAUUUCACUUGUGCCAUCCUUUUGUAUGUCUUUUUUGUACAUUAUCUCUAGUCAUCCCCAGUAGAUGUGUGUGUAGAGACAUAGAUGUCUAUUGUUUAUGGAAAGUGUUUUGCUGCUGAGUACAUUUAAUUUUAUGUGAGUAGCCAGUUUAAAGUACGUAAUGCGUGUCUAGAGCAGCUGUUAUAGUCCUGCCACAUCUCUGGUUUUUCCCAACCACAUUCCCAAAAAGUGUUCCUGCCACACCAUUAUUGCAGUACUAUCCCAUUGCAAAAGUGAAAUCUGUUGUUUUCAGCAUCAGCUAACGAGUUGGUAAAUUCAUUUGCCAUAUUGUGAAUGUUCAAAAUAAGAAGACAUGUUUAAAAAAAAAAAAAAACAUGGCAGCAUGACAUUUUUGUGUCUUCAGCUUGCAGUUGCAUUUUUGUGACAGUAUUUGUUCUUUAGCUCUGCCUGUAAAGAGACCUGUGCACAAACCUCAGAACAUAUCAGUGUUAACUCUCAGAAAAAUGCAAAGUUCACUGGUGCUGGCAAUGCAUGACUUCUUUUGCUUUACGAGUUGGAUAAAGAGAUGCAUUCAGAAAUACAUUCCUUUGUACAUUACCUUUAAGGUGACUGUCUACCCUUUCACACAGAUCUCAGUCAUCUGGUACAUUGUGGUUCACAGCAAUAGCAUUUCUUUUUAUCUAAUCAUACUGCUUCUGCCACCUUGACUUCUCCUUACGUGACAUCAUGUUUGAAAGGGAAACAGCUGCAUUAAGGGUAAAAUCUGUUAUCUGUGUUCCUCCUUAGCGUGUAGUAAGUCAUCUAUAAAGUGUAAGAACUGUGGAAGAGUGUUUCAGUUUAUCAUUUUGCAGUAUUGUCAAUUGUUUUUAGGGGACAAUGGUCUUGACAGACUGGAUCAAACCUGCAAACAUGACCACCGAUCAUCUAAAGUCCUCUCUCCCAUUUAUGAGAUGGACGUGGGAGAAGCGUUUGAGCGUCUGUUUGGAUAAGGACAGAGAUGUUAGACAACAGGUGGACGGCGAGAGACGGAAAGGGGAUGCGGAGAACGGCAGCGACUUUGCCAAGCGAGACUGGAGCUUGCUCAGGCAGCUCCUGUCGGAGCACGAGUCUAACCUGGGUGUUAUCAACCCAGUGCCCGAGGAGCUCAACUUGGCUCAGUACCUCAUCAAGCAGACGCUGUCCUUGUCCCGGGACUGCCUGGACGGGCAAGGCCUUUCUGUCACCGUAGAAGGAGACUUUCAAACGAUGGGCGAGCUCAUCUCACCCAUGGAAGACUCCUCCACCAGCAUCACGGUGACCAGCUUCUCUCCGGAAGACGCCGCAUCCCCACAGGGAGAGUGGACCAUCGUGGAACUGGAAACACACCACUGACUACUCAGAGGAGAACCUGCUGGACAGUU